GUUGUUGAUUCCUCCAACAUCGAUUGCUGCAGGUCCCAAGGAAAGAGACAUGACACGACAUGGCCUCGUCACAGUCCGAGCCGACAUAUACUGUCUUCAUUCGCCUCCCCUUUCCUAGAGGAGACUUCGUAGACCCUCCUCCAGCCCACUGGGAUUCGUCCAAGGAUGAAGCAUUAUGGAACAUUAUAUCCGAGGUGGCUAAAACAGAGAUAGACUGGAAUGAAAUCGCAACACGGUUCCAGGUGACGGUCGAUUUUCUCCUUCAGCAAGUCGCAUUCCUUACCGAACGACAUGCUUCGCAAGUACGAGCCCAGAUGCGGAAAGCAGCCGCCGUGGCUAAGGGCUCCUCCGCGCCGUCUCCAGUACCAGGCGCAGAAGGACAUGUCGCGGCUGAGACCAUACAGCGGACCGGUUCAGGAGCUGGACGUCCUAGGGCUCCUUCAGCAUUAUCGAUUCGAAAGGACAACAACGAUGCUAGCAUACCGGGGACCCCGAUGAGAAGCACGCCGAGACCUCAGGCGACGAGGACUUCGUCCUCCAACACGGCUGUAUUCACCACGCGCAAUCUGGUCGGUAGCGGCAAGGCUUCAAUGCGGUCUGCUGCUGAUUCACAACGCCGCAGGCUGUCUUCGUUGCCCAUUACCACUACAGCUGACGAGCCGGACUCUGACCCUGCCUCGCCCGGUCCGGCCGACACUAGUUCUGCCGCUGAAUCCUCGUCCUCUGGAUCAAGUCCAGCCCAGUCCAGGAUUAUCCGGAGACCGCCACGAUUUCAGACAAACGAUGCCGCUACAUCUUUUGAUGACGACGAAGACGAGGACGAUGAUCAGCCUGCAUUUCUACCGUACAGACCCCAGGCAGAUGACUCGUCGAGUGGCCAGCACGAUCUAAGUGCCACUUUGCGGGGCGCACCGCGAGAUUUACCCAGAAGACUGCCAGGAAAACACUCCAGGAUACAUCAAUCCCAAACAUCGGACUCAUCUGCAAGCUCUGUGGCUCAUGUAAAGAGCACCACAGUCGGUGACAAGAGCCGAACAAGCGGGCCCCUUUCACCUCGUCGUACAAUGGAACUUGCAGGGCGUAGUCCUGGAGGCAAGGGUAAGGGAUACUCACGAGACAGUGACGGAACACCAAGCAUGGGGAGCAGUUUCAGUGACCUUGAUGAUGCGUCGGUGACGCAAUCAGCACUUGAAGAAGCGCUCGCUAGCAAGAUGCAAGAUGGAGGAGCUAUAGGAAGCCGUAUGAGUACCAUCAGCAGUGUAUUUAGGAGCCGAAUGCUUCCUAAAUCCAAUAACCCCUGAAUCAGUCAGGACGGUGGUGCAUUUGAUUUGAUUUUAUGGUGUUGGUUGGACAUGUCCAUGUAUGCUAGGUAGGGUCUUUUGGCAGCACCUUCGGCGUUUGUGAUUCUUUGCUCAUAUAAUAUAAACAUGAUGAAUAACCG